AUGGUUCUCACCUACAAGCCCAGUCACGAGACGCCCAGCAAUGAUAUUGUAAAGCUCAUGGUCCUCGAGACCGAUGAGCCUCACGCCGACACAAUUGAAUCGCGCGGUUCCUUUGGCGAGAUUCUUUUCCACCACAUGUUUAAAGCUGGUCAGGCGCACCACCCUCCACUCGGAAUUGAAGUCGAUUAUCAGCAUGUCGUGACAGAAAAGGGGGGCGUCUUGCCCACCUUCGAUGACAUGGCGAGAUUUGACGGGCUCCUAAUCACUGGCAGUGUGUACGACGCACAUGGCGAUGACCAGUGGAUCCUCGACCUCCUCUCCCUGUUAAAGGAAUUAUGGACAAAGCGGCUCGACUUUCACUUCACUGGUGUCUGCUUCGGUCAUCAGCUCCUCGCUCGCCUGUUAGGCGCCGAGGUCGGUCCCGCGCCCUCAGGCGACUGGGAACUCGGGCACUGCAAGAUUGACCUCACCAAGACGGGCAAGCGUCUCUUCCGCGUUCACGACGACGAGAUUCACCUGCAUCAGAUGCACCAAGACCAGGUCAAGUCGCCGCCUACCGUGGAGUCAGCCGAGGGUCUCCUGCCAGAGGACUCACAGAUCACGGUCUGGGGCUCCUCCCCCCAUACAGCUGUCCAGGGCCUCUACAUUCCCAAUCGCCUGUUCACGUCGCAGGCUCACCUUGCCUUUGACGACCAUAUGGUCAAGCGCCAGAUUCAGAUGAGGGUGGAUAUGGGGUCGAUCCAAGACCUGGAUCAUGCGGACCGUGCGGCGGAAACGGGUCACCUUGAGCACGACGGCGAUGCUAUCGCCGCAGCCAUCCUGCGACUCUUUCACUUUGACGAUGACGGCAUGGACUACGGAAACUAG